CGUAAGGUCCGGAGAGUCGUUCGUAGGGUUUAUCAGUCACAACUGAUAUAUGUUCCCCAAGAUCCUACUCCAGAAAAAUGCGUCCUGAACCGCCAAUAUCUUACGGCUAUACUAGUGGUCCAGUACAACAGCCUUAUACUUCGGAUGCUCACGCAUUAAUUCGUGGACCGUAUCACAUCAACACAGUCAUUCCGUCGACAACAAACACGGUGAAUGAUCGCAGAAAUUAUUUCACUUCAAUGACUACGGAGCUAACUGGAGUACCGUCUGUACCGGUGAUCACCAGUGACGCCCAUGGACAGAUCAUUGUGCCCGGACCAGACGGAUACCGAUACCAACAAGCGGAUCCCAAUUUCUACGCACUCCCGGUACAAUCCAACGACGUCAACAUGAGGCCAUUCUCAGAAAGUUCCAUUUACAUGGAAAAGAAUCCUAACCAGACAUGCGAAGAAUCGGUAGAAAUGAUAAGUAGACAGGAAAGUGAACAGCCAACCACAGAAAAAGUGAGGGAAGACGAGGUAGAAAUCUGCUACUCCAAGAAGCUCCAUCGUGAGACCUGGGACACGAAGGUUGAUUUCCUAUUGUCGGUCAUUGGUUUUGCAGUGGAUUUGGGCAAUAUAUGGAGAUUCCCGUAUAUAUGUUUUAGAAAUGGUGGAGGUGCCUUCCUCAUUCCUUACGUGGUGAUGUACAUACUUGGUGGACUACCUCUGUUCUACCUAGAACUAGCACUUGGGCAGUUUCAACGAAGUGGAUGUCUUACUGUGUGGAAACGAAUUUGCCCAAUGUUCAGUGGUAUUGGAUUCGGUAUAUGCAUAAUUGCCAGUUACACUGCCUGGUACUACAACACAGUCAUGGCAUGGGCAUUGUUCUACAUGUUUGAUGCAAUGAAGCCCCAUGUGCCCUGGGACAGCUGCAACAAUUGGUGGAAUACCAACUCCUGUGUGACUGUCUACCAAAAACUGGUUAACCAUACACUCACAGAAGGUGAAGAGGAAGGUGUUACAAUCCACGAAAAUAUCUCUUUUUUGGUCCAGGAAAAUGUGACUUAUUUCUCUUCAACCGAAGAGUAUUUCUACCGACGUGUACUUCAGCUGCAGUAUUCCACUGGCUACAGCAAUAUUGGUCCAAUCAGAUGGGAAAUCUCUCUUUGUUUGAUGGCCAUCUUCACCAUAGUCUACUUUUCUCUGUGGAAAGGUGUCAAAAGUAGUGGAAAGGCAGUCUGGAUAACAGCAACACUACCCUAUGUCAUCUUAAGCAUACUGCUUGUUCGCGGACUUACUUUAGAAGGAUCACUGACUGGAAUCAAGUACUACCUCACGCCAAAGUUUGACCAGCUUUUGAAGGUUCAGGUAUGGAGUGAAGCGGCUUCACAGAUAUUUUUCUCACUGGGUCCUGGAUUCGGCGUUCUGCUUGCUUUGUCCAGUUACAAUAAAUUUCACAACAAUUGCUACAGCGACGCCAUGCUGACCAGCUUCAUUAACUGCGCAACCAGCUUUGUCUCCGGUUUCGUCGUUUUCUCAGUACUUGGGCAUAUGUGCUUCCGGAUGAAAAAGACCAUGCAAGAAGUGGCUAACGAAGGUCCCGGUUUGGUUUUCAUAGCCUAUCCGGAAGCCAUCGCGACGUUGAAAGGUUCCACUUUCUGGGCAAUAAUCUUUAUGCUUAUGCUUAUCACUCUUGGACUGGACAGUACGUUUGCUGGACUGGAAGCUAUAAUCACCGGGGUUUUGGAUCGUAUUCCAAAGAUAAGAAGACGGCGUGAAAUAUUUGUUCUUUUCAUUAUUAUUUACUGCUUCCUGGGCGCGCUGGCAACAACUACAUGUGGUGGAUUCCUGAUCUUGGCACUACUGGACCAACAUGGAGCCCAAAUUUCAAUUCUGUUCAUUGUCUUCUGUGAAUGCGUUGCUCUUUGCUGGUUUUACGGGACCAAACGAUUUUGUGGUGAUGUCAAACAAAUGCUCGGUUUCACGCCAGGAAAAUUUUGGCAGAUAUGCUGGACGUUUAUCAGUCCACUGUUUCUUCUGGGACUGUUCAUUGCCACCAUAGUUUCUUACGAAUUCAGAUCCCCUGAAGCCUUGGGCAUUGUCUACACACCAGACACGUGGGUGAGAGUUAUCGCAUGGCUGAUCGUCUUCAGUUCGGUCGUCUUCAUCCCUAUUAUGAUGAUCGUACAAUUUUUAAAGGCCGAAGGAUCGAUCAAACAGCGUUUACGUUAUCUCAUAACACCCGAGGAUCGCCCGACCUAUAAGGACCAGAAACAACCAGCAGUUCUCAAAAGCUCCAAACCCGACAAACAGAUUGUGGAGAAUGAAGUUGCAGAGGCAAAAGAACCAUGAAGUGUAUACGUCUACAGUCAAUUCCUUAUAAUCUAGUAAACUUUCGAUAUUCAAGAUUACGGGCCCACUUCCAACUCUGUUAUUCCACACCCUACUUCACUCCAACCCGCUUGGAGUGUAAAAACCUCUGAGAGAUCUAAUGAUGAAAUUGGAUAUUCCACCAAACAUACCUAACUACAUUAUUGUUUUAUUUCGCUUAUGACAUUCACUUAAAAACUUGUGACCGGCAACGCAACACACUGAUCCGCGCACUUGCAUAAUAAUUUCACCGCUUUACGCCAUAUAGCUUUUGUUCAUUUCGUUUGAUUGAUUUCGUACAACGGACAGUGUGGUGAGCGUGCUGCUUUGCCUCUAACCAUCAGUUAUUCAACUAUAUCACCCACUGACUGACUUUCUGUGUACUUUCAAACAGAGAGAUGUUUGGUUAUGUUAAAAUGUGUUUAUUAUGGUUUUGUCACCCAUGUCACUUAAAUCGAGAUUCCAUUCUAUGAAAAGGGUUUUCCGUGC